AUGUUUUGGCCUCUUGCGCAGACCGAAAACACUUUAAAGAUGAAGGUUUGUCACAUCAUUUUCCUUACUUUCACCUUAGUGAUGGACGCAUUUCCCCAUCCUUGCGAUACAGACGCAUUUUUUCCCAUGAUCCCUCCCAUAUGCUUUGGCCCCAUUCCCAAGCUCAUUAAUGACGUCUCGUGUUGCUCAAGUGUCAAAUAUGAAUCCGAAUGUUGUAACGGUCAUGUUUUUGGAUGUUGCGAUGAAACCGAACAGCAAGUCUCCUAUUGUGAUCAAAACGAAAAUUCUAUGACUUUGAUUGAAGAGCGCGGGACGCCCCGAGUCAUCACUCAACGAUCACCAUCAUACUAUGAUGCCAUCGAUGAAGAAUGCAAUCAGGUUCAACAAUCCAAUUAUUGCGAUAAAAACAUUGAAGAAUGUUGCAUGCAAAAUUACCAAACCAAUAUUUCCAAUGACAGAGAACAAGAAUUCGCGUCGAUUAUUCGAAGACGACGUUUUUUAGGUAAUGCACAUCAUUCUACGAAAGAAACGAAUUGA